UGGUGUGUAAACUUUGUUUUGAUGCCAUGACAACCAACCGAGACGCCAUGUAGCCUAGAUUGUCAAAUUGCUUGGUAGAAAAAUGUCCGACGAUUUCAGUGCCACUGUUUUAACAAGAAACGCGCCUUCUUUUCCUUGGUACAAACAAAAGGUGUUCUUCAAAGCAGAAUCCAAGAAGAAGAAGCAGCUGUGUGGGGCUCUGGAUGGUCAUCGUUGGCGCUUUGUGAACGCCAGGCUAGACGACUUCAGGAAUGGAUACCCUUUAGAAGCAGCAGCUGAAGAGAUCUUUCUUCCAAGCCAAUGUAAAACAGCUCCCAUAGUUUUUGGGAAAACUGGGUCAGCGUCAUCAUGUCCCUCAUUGGCGAAAGCGAAGAACAGGUUGCCUCCGCUCUCCAAGGAGCAGGUGUGCUUCUCCAAGGAGAACCCGCUGAAGCAGAUGCGCAGUGAGCAGGUGGAGGCCGUGGAGGCCGAACUGAGGAAGCACCCCCUCGCUCUCUAUCCCCAUCUGGAGACUGGCAUGGCUGCUGAGUUGUUUGAUGAAGUGCUUUUGGUGCUGGAUCCUGAUAUGGACAUACAAAGGACUUUUGGGCAUAAAAGUGAGAAAACGUGUCAAGAUGUUGGUGAGUCAGAGAAUACUCCACAGGAGGAAAGGGAUGGAAUGGUGGCACCUGUGAAUGAAAUACCAGCAGAGUCUAAAAAGAAAAACAUUUAUAGGACGACCUUUAAAGAUACUCAGAAAUCUUGGGAUGAUGAAGACCAAGGAGUGAGCGUGAAAGGCCUGCGCUCACCUUCUCAAGACGAGGACAUCAAGAAAGUCACUAAGAACUUUUGCGACUGGGUUGCCUCUCUUGGUGGUAACUCCAAGAACCUCACUGAGUCCACCUUACUGGGACUAUUUGUCAGCGGCUAUGAGAAAAAGCCAUCUUUGAUCUUCCCUAUUGAAGUGGUGAAGCCCAGCAACGUUCCGGAGGAGCUGCGGGGCUCGGGGAUGGUACAGAGGAGGAUGCUGAUGACCGACUUGCUCCUCAAAGACUCGGACACUCACGAGGCUGGACGCAGAAAGCUCAAAUAUGGGGCAUGGUACCUGGACACUAAACUGUGGAAGGCGCGGCCAGCUAAAGAGCCACUAAGGGAUACGUUUGCUCUGGAGGAGGACAUGUUUUUCCCAGAGAAACCUGGUCCACUGGACGAUGAGCUGAAGCAGCUUCAUGGAACACAGGCAUUGAAACAAUUCAUCACCAGCAGAGGCCUCAGAACACCCAGAUUCCUCAAAGCGGUCAUGACAGACGGGGACAGAGAAAAAACAAGCAAAGUAGUUGACAAAACAACGCUCAUGCCAGUGCAAAGAGGAACACAUGCGCUCUCGGCGUGAUCAUUCUUCAGUAAGGCACAAAAUGGUGGCCCGGAUAAGGAAGAACAGAAGUAACGGUUGACCAUUUUGUUUUACAUUUUGUUUGGUUAUCCCAAGAUGAAUGCAAGAAGCCAUUACUUUCAACUGAAAUAAAAUCUAUGACAUAAAUGUUA